UUUUACCGACCUUUAUUUCCAACAAUGAUACUGAGGGAUAGGAAGCCCGGGAGCUCUGCAGUGUUGUAAUAUUGGAAGAAUCUGGACUGAAUGAACUCUAGUAUUAUAAGAAAUUCUCCAUCAAUAAUUCAUAAAAUUGUAAGUCAGCUGAAAAUGAAGCAAGUUCCAGAGAUCCUUGGAAGUACCAAUGGGAAGACUCAAAAUUGUGAAGUUAAUCGGGAAUGUUCAGUGUUCCUCAGCAAAGCCCAGAUUUCUACAACCCUACCAGAGGGUGUCAUGCAAAAAUUUAAUGGCCAUGAAGCGCUACCAUUCAUUCCUGCUGAUAAAUUGAAAGAUCUGACCUCCCGAGUCUUCAAUGGAGAGUCUGGUGCCCAAGAUACCAAGCUGCGCUUUGAAUCCCAGGAAAUAAAGGGAAUUGGAACACCCCCUCAUACUACUCCUAUCAAAAAUGGCUCUCCUGAGAUUAAACUGAAAAUCACCAAAACAUACAUGAAUGGAAAACCUCUUUUUGAAUCUUCUAUUUGUGGAGACAAUGGUCCAGAUGUGUCCCAAUCAGAAGAAAAUGAACAAAAACUAGAAAACAAGUCAAGAAGGAAUAGGAAAAGGAGCAUAAAGUAUGAUUCCUUACUUGAACAGGGCCUUGUUGAAGCAGCUUUGGUAUCUAAGGCUUCAAGUCCCUCGGAAAAAAAGAUUUUAGCUAAGAGAGAGUCAUAUCCAAACAUCAAUAAAGAAAAAGACCAUCUGUUGAAGUAUAAUGUUGGAGAUUUGGUAUGGUCAAAAGUUUCAGGUUAUCCUUGGUGGCCAUGUAUGGUUUCAGCAGAUCCUCUCCUUCACAGCUAUACCAAACUAAAAGGACAGAAAAAGAGUGCUCGUCAAUAUCAUGUACAGUUCUUUGGUGAUGCUCCAGAAAGAGCUUGGAUAUUUGAGAAGAGUCUUGUACCAUUUGAAGGAGAAGAGCAGUUUGAAAAAUUAUGUCAGGAAAGUGCAAAACAGGCACCCACAAAAGCUGAGAAGAUCAAGCUAUUGAAACCUAUUUCAGGAAAAUUGAGGGCCCAAUGGGAAAUGGGCAUUAUUCAAGCAAAAGAAGCAGUGAAUAUGACAGUAGAAGAGCGGAAAGACAAGUUUACCUUCGUUUAUGUUAGGGACCGACUUCAUCUAAAUCCUCAAGUAGCUAAAGAAGCUGGUAUUGCAGUGGACCCAUUAGAGGAAGUAGAUGAAUCUUCAGAUGUAAGUGAAGAAACCGCACAAAACCCAAAGUAUAAAGAAUUAGGUGUCCCCAACAAGAGGAGGAGGAGAUCAAAAUUACCAACUUGUCCUGAUAAUCAGGAAAGUGAUUCAGGGACCAAAAACAUUACUCCUCAAAGGGCAGCUGAACAAGUAGAUUCAAAAAGAGGAUUGGGCUCUCCUGUUGGUAGAAAGAAGGCUGCGGCAUCUACUCCACGAAGCAGAAAGGGAGAUUCAGGGUCUCAAUUUUUGGUCUUCUGUCAGAAGCACAGAGAUGAGGUAGUUGCUGAACAUCCAGAUGCUUCAUCCGAAGAGAUUGAAGAAUUGCUCGAAUCACAGUGGAAUAUGCUUAAUGAAAAGCAGAAAGCUCGUUAUAACACAAAGUUUGCCAUAGUGACCUCUCCCAAAUCUGAAGAAGACUCUGGUAACUUACAUGGAAAAAAAAGAAACCAUACAAAGAGGACACAGCACCCUACAGAAGAUUUUGAAGUUCAGGAACCAGCUAGGAAAAGACUCAGGAUGGAUAAACACAAUAAUCGGAAGAGGGAGACAAGCAGUGACAAAACAGCCAAAACAAACUCUUCUAAGGUCACAGAAACCUCCUCUUCCCUAAAGAACCAGUCAGCAACGAAAAAUCUGUCUGAUGCAUGUAAACCACUGAAGAAGCGAAAUCGGGCUUCAGCAGCAGAAUCUUCAACUCUUGCGUUUAGCAAAAGUUCAUCUCCUUCAACUUCCUUAACUGAGAAUGAGAUCUCAGAUGGUCAAGGAGAUGAACCUUCAGAAUCCCCAUACGAAAGCGCAGAUGAGACUCAAACUGAAAUAUCUAUAUCUUCUAAAAAGUCUGAACGAGGAACUACAGCUAAAAGGGAAUAUGUUUGUCAGCUUUGUGAAAAAUCUGGAAAUCUCCUACUUUGUGAAGGACCCUGUUAUGGAGCUUUUCAUUUAUCCUGCCUUGGGCUUUCUAGAAGACCAGAAGGAAAAUUCAUUUGCAGUGAAUGUACUUCAGGCAUUCACUCAUGCUUUGUUUGUAAAGAGAAAAAAACAGAAGUGAAACGCUGUGUUGUAUCCCAGUGUGGAAAAUUUUACCAUGAAGCAUGUGUGAAAAAAUACCACCUUACUGUAUUUGAGAGCCGAGGAUUUCGUUGUCCCCUCCACAGCUGUGUAAGCUGUCAUGUAACAAAUCCUUCAAAUCCAAGAUCAUCAAAAGGUAAAAUGAUGCGAUGUGUUCGCUGUCCUGUUGCUUAUCAUGGAGGAGAUGGCUGUUUGGCUGCAGGUUGUUCAGUGAUUGCAUCUAACAAUAUUAUUUGCACUAAUCAUUUCACUGCUCGGAAAGGAAAAAGUCAUCAUGCUCAUGUGAAUGUGAGCUGGUGCUUUGUGUGCUCAAAAGGAGGAAGCCUGUUAUGCUGUGAGUCAUGUCCAGCAGCGUUUCAUCCAGACUGUUUGAAUAUUGAAAUGCCAGAUGGGAGUUGGUAUUGUAAUGACUGCAGAGCUGGAAAAAAGCUUCAUUUUCAAGACAUCAUUUGGGUCAAACUUGGAAAUUACAGAUGGUGGCCUGCAGAAGUUUGCCAUCCAAAAAAUGUUCCUCCAAAUAUUCAGAAAAUGAAGCAUGAGAUUGGAGAGUUUCCUGUGUUUUUCUUUGGGUCUAAAGAUUAUUACUGGACACAUCAGGCACGAGUCUUUCCUUACAUGGAAGGAGAUCGGGGAAGCAGAUAUCAAGGAAUUAAAGGAAUUGGAAAAGUCUUCAAAAAUGCACUGCAAGAAGCUGAAGCUCGUUUUCGAGAAAUAAAGCUUCAGCGGGAAGCCAGAGAAACCCAGGAAAAUGAACGUAAACCUCCACCUUACAAACACAUUAAGGUGAAUAAACCUUGUGGAAAAGUUCAGAUAUAUACAGCUGAUAUUUCUGAAAUUCCCAAAUGCAACUGCAAGCCCACGGAUGAAAAUCCCUGUGGUUUUGACUCAGAGUGUUUAAAUCGGAUGUUAAUGUAUGAGUGCCAUCCUCAAGUUUGUCCAGCAGGAGAGCAGUGCCAAAAUCAGUGCUUUACCAAACGUCAGUACCCAGAGACGAAGAUCAUUAAAACUGAUGGCAAAGGUUGGGGCCUGGUUGCCAAGAGGGAUAUUAAAAAGGGAGAAUUUGUGAAUGAGUAUGUUGGUGAAUUAAUUGAUGAAGAAGAAUGUAUGGCAAGAAUCAAGUAUGCACAUGAAAAUGAUAUCACACAUUUCUAUAUGCUUACUAUUGAUAAGGACCGGAUAAUUGAUGCUGGUCCCAAAGGAAACUAUUCCCGAUUCAUGAAUCACAGCUGCCAGCCAAAUUGUGAGACUCUGAAAUGGACAGUAAAUGGAGAUACUCGUGUGGGAUUGUUUGCUGUAUGUGAUAUUCCUGCAGGGACAGAACUGACUUUUAAUUACAACCUUGAUUGUCUGGGCAAUGAAAAAACUGUCUGUCGAUGUGGUGCCUCUAACUGUAGUGGAUUCCUUGGUGAUAGACCAAAGAACUCAGCUGCUCUUUCUUCAGAGGAGAAGGGCAAAAAGACUAAGAAAAAGACAAGGAGACGUAGAACAAAAGGUGAAGGAAAAAAAGAAUCUGAAGAUGAUUGUUUUCGUUGUGGUGAUGGAGGUCAGUUGGUACUAUGUGAUCGGAAAUGUUGUACUAAAGCUUAUCACCUCUCCUGUCUGGAUUUGGUUAAACGACCUUUUGGGAAAUGGGAAUGCCCUUGGCAUCAUUGUGAUGUAUGCGGCAAACCAUCAGUUUCUUUCUGUCAUUUCUGCCCAAAUUCCUUUUGCAAGGAUCACCAAGAUGGGACAGUCUUCAGCACCACACAAGAUGGACGGUUACGCUGCUCUGAACAUGAGUUUGGAGUGGAAUCUAUUAGAAACCCAAAGACUGAGAAACCCUUCCCAGAACCAACCAAGUUGAAGCCCAAGAGAAAGAAAAGAAGGUGUUGGAGGAGAAAAACAGAGUACAAAUAGUGUCAGACUUCAGGGGUUUUGUGUGUUUGUGCGUGGUGCGGUUUUUUUUUUUUUGUUUUUGUUUUUGUUUUUGUUUUGUUUUUAACUGCCAACACUAUCUUGUAGAUACAAGGGUCUAUCUUGUGAAUAGGGUCGACGAAGGACACAGUUUUACAUAUCUAAUAAGUGUACAGGUUUCAUUUUGGGGGAAAGCAUUUGUAAAUCCACUGAGCCAUCUCUAGCAGUUUCUGCUGUAUCUGCACUGAUAAUGAAUUGUGGUAUACACAAUUCAGAAUUUUUCAGGACAAACAAAACUUAUUACACAACAUUACAGUUACACUUGAAUUUCUAAGAAUGUAAUGGUUCCCUCCUGCAUUUGGGGAUAAAAAAGGCAUGACUGAAAAAUUUGACGCCUAUUUUCCACUUUACCUGAGAGGUAUGUGGGGUGGAAAACCAUAUUUCCUAAAAGAAAACACUUUUAUAGGUGUUUAACAAAAAAGACCUUUGCUCAGUGUUUUUAUUCAGAAGAUACCACAGUGAUAUCUAUUUCAAAGGUUUUAACUUGGUGUCCUCUGAAACAGUGAGUUUGGUCAUCUCUCCUGCUCUUAUAAAAACAGCAAACUGUAAAAGUUUUUUUGUUAAUGUGAAAUAUUUUCUCAGAAAUGUAUAUCCCUUUAUAAGGAGAGGAGCACCCUAGGAUAGUGAGGGGGGGGAUUUUAGAGGAUUUUUUUCAUAUUCUUUUUUUUCCUAUUUAUAGAUUUACAACUAAAAUAUAAGUAACACUUUAGUCUUCAGAGCUGUAAGAGUCUCAAACUUGGAACAACAACUUUUCCUAAAAUGGCCACUGUGGUGAAAAUCCUAUCACCUCUUUUGGGCAUAUCUUUUGAAUGCACAGUCAUCUUGUCAUCAUUCUUCACCAUUUUGGGAAAACGCUUUAUAUGUUUUUUAUUUGGUUUUUCUUUAAUGAUUUUUUUUAUUUUGGCUUUUAAUCUCAAAAUAUAUAUUUGCUAAGCCUCAUUUCACAAAUUAUUACUAAUUAAAAUGUAUGUUUAUUGAUGAUAUCCUGAUUUUUCAUUACAAAAAAAAAAUGUGAACUUAUAGGGACAUUAGACCUGCCAUGUGUAUGUUUCAAUUUAGGCUAAAAGGUAAAAUAAAUAAUUGAGGUAAAAAAUGAUUUUAUGUACCAUUUCCUGCCCCAUAGGUGUUUUGAUAUAAGGAUGGGCAGAGUUGCUAACAAGUUCUGACCUGUGCAAUCAUGAUCCAACCCAGAUGCCCCUAGUUUAUGCCCAUUUAAUAUUUUAUACGUACUAGCAUAGUUUGCCUUUAUAGUGCAGAUCUGUUAUGUAGCCCUUUAAAAAAAUGAAGCAUAGUCUAUCAUAAAAAUGUAUAUUUUUUCAAAACUAUUUUUUCAGGGUUUGAAAGAUUUAGAUUUUAGAAUUAUUGAUGAUUAAAGCUAUUUCCAUUACAUGCAAA